UUCCUAUGAAUCGCUGAGGGAGACACACAGCACAGAAAAAAGGUGAUGCGAUGGCAAGGAAGCUCAGUGUAUUGGAAGUCCUUCUGAUCAUCUUCUGCCUAACUGUGGUGGUCAUAGAUAUCCUCUUGCUGCUUCUUAUGUUGGAGGAACUUUCAGAUACUUCAUUUACUCCAGAGUGCCCAGAUAUUCCCCACUCGGAAAGGAUAAACUGCAUACCUGACCAGGAGGUGACCGAGGAUAUCUGCAGAUGGCAAUAUAAGUGCUGCUGGUCACCUGUGGAGGAUGCCAGUGUCCCUAGGUGCUUCUUCCCCCGUAACUGGGGCUAUGAAGCCAGCAAUGGCCAUACAAGUACAAGCACAGGAUUCACCGCCCAGUUGAAAAGGUUGCCAUCCCCAUCUCUGUUUGGAAAUGAUGUCGCCACCACCCUUUUCACAGCUGAAUAUCAGACAUCCAAUCGGUUUCAUUUUAAGAUCACUGACUUUAAUAACAUACGCUAUGAAGUUUCCCAUGAAAAUAUUAGGCUGGUUGAUGGGACUGCUGAUGCCUCCAAUUUGAGCUAUUACGUGGAAGUUACUGAUAAACCUUUCAGCAUCAAAAUAAUGAGGACAAGCAACAGAAGAGUCUUGUUGGACACGAGCAUCGGGCCCCUCCAGUUUGCCCAGCAGUACCUGCAACUGUCUUUCCGACUGCCCAGUGCCAAUGUGUAUGGGCUGGGAGAACAUGUGCACCAGCAGUACCGCCACAACAUGACCUGGAAGACCUGGCCCAUCUUCACCCGGGAUGCCACCCCCACCAAGGGCAUGAUUAAUCUGUAUGGAGCUCAUACAUUCUUCUUGUGCCUUGAAGACACCAGUGGCUCCUCUUUUGGAGUUUUUCUGAUGAACAGUAAUGCCAUGGAGGUUACCCUUCAGCCAGCUCCUGCAAUCACUUAUCGCACGAUUGGAGGCAUUCUUGACUUUUAUGUAUUCCUAGGAAACACUCCGGAACAAGUGGUUCAGCAAUACUUGGAGCUUGUUGGACGGCCAUUCUUGCCUCCCUAUUGGAGUCUUGGGUUCCAGCUUAGUCGCAGGGAUUAUGGUGGCAUCAAUGAAUUGAAAGAAGUUGUAAGCCGAAAUCGUUUAGCUGAGAUACCAUAUGACGUCCAAUACUCUGACAUAGACUACAUGGAUGGAAAGAAGGAUUUCACUGUUGAUGAAGUCGCUUACUCUGGUCUCCCAGAUUUUGUCAAGGAAUUACAUGAAAAUGGACAGAAAUAUGUUAUUAUUAUGAAUCCUGGCAUCUCCAAAAACUCUAACUACGAGCCCUAUAAUAAUGGAAGCCUAAAGAGAGUGUGGAUCUUGGGGAACAAUGGUUUUGCUGUUGGGGAGGGAUAUCCAGGACCGGCAGUCUUUCCCGAUUACACCAAUCCAGUAUGCACUGAGUGGUGGAUAGAUCAGGUUGCUAAAUUUCAUGAUCAUCUGGCGUUUGAUGGAGUGUGGAUUGAAAUGAAUGAAGUUUCUAGCUUACUCCAAGCUUCUAAUGACCAGUGUGAAUCCAACGACUUGAACUUUCCUCCUUUUCUUCCUAGAGUUCUGGAUCACUUACUUUUUGCAAGAACUCUCUGCAUGGACAUGGAGUUUUAUGGAGGCCUUCACUAUGACAUCCACAGCUUGUAUGGCCACUCCAUGGCAAGAACCACAAACUUAGCCCUGGAGACCGUCUUCAUGAAUAACAGGAGCUUCAUCUUAUCCCGUUCAACUUUUGCUGGAUCUGGCCAAUUUGCUGCUCAUUGGCUGGGGGACAAUGCGGCCACAUGGGAUGACCUCCGAUGGUCUAUUCCCACUAUUCUUGAGUUCAACCUGUUUGGCAUCCCCAUGGUAGGUGCCAACAUCUGUGGUUACACCAACAAUGUCACGGAGGAGCUCUGCAGAAGGUGGAUGCAACUUGGAGCAUUUUAUCCACUACCAAGGAAUCACAAUGGGCCUGGGUUCAGGGACCAGGAUCCUGCUGCCUUUGGUGCUGAUUCCCUGCUGCUGAGUUCCUCCAGACAUUAUCUGAACAUCCGCUACACCUUGCUGCCCUAUCUCUAUACCCUUUUCUACCGUGCUCACACCCGGGGAGAGACGGUAGCAAGGCCCCUUGUACAUGAGUUCUACCAGGACUCAGCCACAUGGGAUGUGCAUGAGCAGUUCUUAUGGGGACCUGGACUCCUCAUCACGCCGGUCUUAUAUGAAGGUGUGGACGAAGUGAAAGCAUACAUACCUGAUGCCACCUGGUAUGACUAUGAGACAGGAGUGGCUAUCCCAUGGAGGAAGCAGUUGGUGAAUAUGCUUCUCCCAGGUGAUAAGAUAGGACUUCAUCUGCGAGGGGGCUACGUAUUUCCCACUCAAAAGCCGAACACAACCACAGAAGCCAGCCGGAGGAAUUCCCUGGGACUCAUCAUUGCCUUGGACUAUAAGAGAGAAGCAAAGGGGGAGCUGUACUGGGAUGACGGUGUAUCUAAAGAUGCUGUAACUGAAAAGAAGUAUAUUCUAUAUGAUUUCUCUGUUACCUCUAACCAUCUACAAGCAAAGAUUAUAAAUAAUAAUUAUACGGACACUGACAACCUCAUGUUUACAGAAAUCACAAUCUUGGGAAUGGACAAACAGCCAGCUAAUUUUACUAUCUUACUGAAUAAUGUCGCCACCUCCAGUCCAAGCGUUGUCUACAAUGCUUCCACAAAGGUUGUAACCAUCACUGAUCUCCAAGGACUGGUACUGGGACAAGAAUUCUCUAUUAGGUGGAAUCUUCCUGUCAGUGACCCGGAGAAGUUCAACUGCUACCCUGACGAUCCAACAGCCUCUGAGGAGAGUUGUCGGCAGCGGGGGUGUCUUUGGGAGGAUACAUCUACUCCUGGAGUGCCCACCUGUUACUAUGACACCAUCCCUAAUUAUGCUGCUAGUGACAUUCAGUACCUGAGCACUAGCAUUACUGCAAACCUUUCCCUCCUGAUGGCCUCUGAGUCAGCUGCUGCUGCUGCUGCCUCUGAUUCUGUCUCUGCACAGAUCAGCCUCCUCCGCCUCAAUGUGAUCUAUCACACAGCAACCAUGCUGCAGGUCAAGAUCUAUGACCCCACUAAUAAAAGGUACGAGGUUCCAGUACCACUGAACACUCCUCCUCAACCAGUUGGUGACCCUGAAAACUGUCUGUAUGAUGUCAGGAUUCAGAACAAUCCUUUUGGAAUCCAGAUCCAACGCAAAAACUCCAGCACUGUGAUUUGGGAUUCUCAACUCCCUGGCUUCACCUUCAAUGACAUGUUUCUCUCCAUUUCUACGCGUCUGCCCUCUCAGUACAUCUAUGGUUUUGGGGAAACUGAGCACACGACUUUCAGACGAAACAUGAACUGGAACACAUGGGGAAUGUUUGCUCGCGAUGAGCCACCUGCGUACAAGAAGAAUUCCUAUGGUGUCCACCCUUACUACAUGGCACUGGAGGAGGAUGGUAGUGCCCAUGGAGUGCUCCUGCUAAAUAGCAAUGCCAUGGAUGUGACGUUACAGCCCACUCCUGCCCUGACAUACCGCACCACUGGAGGGAUUUUGGACUUCUACAUUGUUUUGGGGCCAACCCCUGAACUUGUAACUCAGCAAUACACCGAGUUGAUCGGUCGGCCAGCAAUGAUUCCAUACUGGGCCUUGGGAUUCCAGCUAAGUCGCUAUGGAUACCAGAAUGAUGCUGAAAUCUCCAGUUUGUAUGAUGCAAUGGUGGCAGCCCAGAUUCCCUAUGAUGUCCAGCAUGUAGACAUCGAUUACAUGAACCGGAAGCUGGAUUUCACCCUCAGUGCCAACUUUCAAAACCUCAGUCUUCUGAUUGAGCAAAUGAAGAAAAAUGGCAUGAGAUUUAUUCUCACUUUGGACCCAGCCAUUUCUGGCAAUGAGACACAGUAUCUCCCAUUCAUUAGAGGACAGGAAAAUAACGUGUUCAUCAAAUGGCCUGACACCAGUGACAUUGUCUGGGGAAAGGGUUGGCCAGAUCUGCCUGAUGUAACUGUAGAUGGAUCCCUUGACCAUGCAACUCAGGUUAAGCUUUACAAGGCCUACGUUGCCUUUCCUGACUUCUUUCGUAAUAGCACAGCUGCAUGGUGGAAGAAAGAGAUAGAAGAGCUCUAUGCAAAUCCUCGAGAGCCAGAGAAGAGCCUGAAGUUUGAUGGAUUGUGGAUUGAUAUGAAUGAGCCAUCAAACUUUGUGAAUGGAUCUGUCAGGGGCUGCAGCGAUGAAAUGCUAAAUAACCCACCCUAUAUGCCAUAUUUGGAAUCUAGGGACAGGGGCCUGAACAGCAAGACCCUGUGCAUGGAGAGUCAGCAGAUCCUGCCAGACGGCUCCCCCGUGAAGCAUUACAACGUGCACAGCCUGUACGGGUGGUCCCAGACCAGACCCACAUACGAAGCUGUGCAGGAGGUGACAGGACAGCGAGGGAUCGUCAUCACCCGCUCCACAUUUCCCUCUUCUGGACACUGGGGAGGACACUGGCUGGGAGACAAUACAGCUGCGUGGGACCAGCUGGGGAAAUCUAUCAUUGGCAUGAUGGAGUUCAGUCUCUUUGGAAUACCUUAUACAGGAGCAGAUAUCUGUGGGUUCUUUGGAGAUGCUGAAUAUGAGAUGUGUGUUCGCUGGAUGCAACUGGGGGCAUUUUAUCCAUUUUCCAGAAACCACAACAACAUUGGGACAAGGAGACAAGAUCCUGUGGCCUGGAAUUCAACCUUUGAGAUGUUGUCCAGAAAAGUCCUAAAGACCAGAUACACCCUGCUUCCUUAUCUCUAUACUCUGAUGCAUAAAGCUCAUGUUGAGGGCAGCACUGUUGUUCGACCCCUUCUCCAUGAGUUUACGGAUGACAGGACAACGUGGGAUAUAGACCGUCAGUUCAUGUUGGGUCCUGCUAUCUUAAUCAGCCCUGUGUUGGAAACUAGCACAUUUGAGAUCUCUGCUUAUUUUCCGAGAGCCCGUUGGUAUGACUAUAGCACGGGAACUAGCAGCAAAUCGACAGGUCAGAGGAAAAUCCUGAAGGCUCCCCUUGACCACAUCAACCUUCAUGUCAGAGGAGGCUACAUCCUGCCCUGGCAAGAGCCUGCAAUGAACACUCACUCCAGUCGACAGAAUUUUAUGGGAUUGACUGUUGCUUUGGAUGACAAUGGGAAAGCUGAAGGCCAGGUGUUCUGGGAUGAUGGACAAAGCAUUGAUACCUAUGAAAAUGGAAAUUAUUUUUUGGCAAACUUUAUAGCAGCUCAGAACAUCCUGCAAAUCCAGACCAUACACAAUAAGUAUUUGAGUGACUCGAAUCCACUGAAAGUUGGAUAUAUUAGAAUCUGGGGUGUGAACUCUACUUAUGUGACACAAGUCAAUUUCACCUAUGACAACUGGCAAUUUAUGGAGACAAAUUUCAUGAGUGACCCUUAUAAUCAGACACUAACUAUUCAAUUGACUGACAAGAGUAUCAACCUGGAAAAGUUAACUGAGGUUACUUGGAUUGAUGGUGAUCCUGUACUUCCCACUCCAACUAAGACAAGCACCAUCCCAAUGAGUUCUCCUCCUUCUCCAUCUACUACCAAUGCCACCAGUUCUGAGACAAUCACCAGUUCUGCCAGUGCAAAUACUACCACUGGCACUACUGCUACUAUUCCCAUCACAACCACAUCUUUCCCAACAAGUACUAUUGGUGUUACAACUAAUGCUACUGUUCCUAAUACAACUGCCCCUUUCCCAACAAAUGCUACUGCUAGCACUAAUGCUACUGUUCCUAUCCCAACCACACCUUUGGCAACAAAUACUAUUGGUGUUACAACUAAUGCUACUGUUCCCGAUACAACUGUCCCUUUCCCAACAAAUAUUGCUACUGCUAGCACUAAUGCCACUGUUCCUAUCACAACCACACCUUUUGCAACAAGUACUACUAGUGUUACAACUAGUACUACUGUUCCUGAUACAACUGCUCCUUUCCCUACAAGUACUACUACUGCUAGCACUAAUGCUACUGUUCCUAUCACAACCACACCUUUUCCAACAAGUACUAUUGGUGUUACAACUAAUGCUACUGUUCCCGAUACUACUGCCCCUUUCCUGACAAAUAUUACUACUGCUAGCACCAAUGCUACUGUUCCUAUCACAACCACACCUUUUGCAACAAGUACUACUGGUGUUACAACUAGUACUACUGUUCCUGAUACAUCUGCUCCUUUCCCUACAAGUACUACUACUGCUAGCACUAAUGCUACUGUUCCUAUCACAACCACACCUUUUGCAACAAGUACUACUAGUGUUACAACUAGUACUACUGUUCCUGAUACAACUGCUCCUUUCCCUACAAGUACUACUACUGCUAGCACUAAUGCUACUGUUCCUAUCACAACCACACCUUUUCCAACAAGUACUAUUGGUGUUACAACUAAUGCUACUGUUCCCGAUACUACUGCCCCUUUCCCGACAAAUAUUACUACUGCUAGCACCAAUGCUACUGUUCCUAUCACAACCACACCUUUUGCAACAAGUACUACUAGUGUUACAACUAGUACUACUGUUCCUGAUACAUCUGCUCCUUUCCCUACAAGUACUACUACUGCUAGCACUAAUGCUGCUGUUCCUAUCACAACCACACCUUUUGCAACAAGUACUAUUGGUGUUACAACUAAUGCUACUGUUCCCGAUACAACUGUCCCUUUCCCGACAAAUAUUACUACUGCAAGCACUAAUGCUACUGUUCCUAUCACAACCACACCUUUUGCAACAAGUACUAUUGGUGUUACAACUAGUACUACUGUUCCUGAUACAACUGCUCCUUUCCUUACAAGUACUACUGGUGCUAGCACUAGGGCUAGUGUUCCUUUUACAACCACACCUUUCCCUACAAAUACUGCUGAUGCUAACACUAAUAAUACUGUUCCUAAUACCACUAUGCCUUCUCCUACAGGUAGUACUACUGUGAGUACUAUUGCUACCAUUCCCAUUUCAGUGACUCCUUCUCUGACAAGUACUGCUGAUGCCACCAUUAGUACUACUGUACUUAUUGCCACUACUCCUUCUCUAACAAUUACUACUGAUGUUAGCACUAGUACUACUAUUAAUGAUAUAAGUACUCCUUUUCAAACAAAUACUACUAAUGCUAGCACUAGUACUAAUGUUGCUAAUAUAACUGCUACCUCUCAUACAAGGACUGAUGAUACUGUUCCUAAUAAUACUGUUCCAAUUACAGCUAUUCCUUCUCUUGCAAAUACUGGUGUUGACACUACUAGCAACAGUUUUUCUAUUAUGACCACUUCUUUCUCUGAAAGUAGUAAUGCUAUAGAUACUGCUGUUAUUAUGGUAACCACUUCUCCUACAAGUGCUGAUGUUGCUAGCACAAAUAAUGAUGCUUCUGUGACAAAUUCUCUUUUAGCUAAAAUGUCUGCUGGUAAUACAACUAGUAAUAGUAUUUCCAUAACAACUACUUCUUUUGGUAAUAGUGUUCCUAUUGUGACUACUCCUUCUCCAAGUCCUGAUGCUACUACUACAAGUAGUAAUACUAUUCCUGGCAUGACUACUUAUUACCAAACUUCUCCUACCACUCCUACCCAUACUCUUACUUCUAUUCCUAGCUCUAUUACUCCUAUUUUGAGCAUGUUUCCAACAAGUCAUACAUUCACUACUGAUAAAAUUACUAAUUUUACUACCCCUACAAAUGCAAACACCAUAAUUUUCAACACUCUUGAUACAAAAAGUACCAUGAUAAUAGAUGCUAUGGUCACUAUUACCAGCACCAGAGAUAAUACCAUAAGUCCGGAUACAACAGUUACUUCCACAGACAAAUUCACCACACACAUCACACAGUUCACUACUCCCCAUUCUACUACUACUACAACACUGGCCUUAAGCCACACAUCAUUAGCUCCUACAAAUCUUUCUAAUAUAGGCACCAUGGAUAUUACUGAUGCAGAUAACUCCAGCAGUGUUUCAGGUAACACUACACACAUUUCUGUUUCAAAUAUCACAACAGCUUCAGACACAAUAACAGCUACUGGUCUAGAUUCACAAACUCCCCACAUGGUAACAAAUUCUGUGGCUAGUUAUUUACCUAUUACUGCAACUAGUGCUACCAAAGAUACUACAAGUAUUACAAAAUAUACUUUAAAUACUGCCACUCCUGAUAGUACAGUACAUACCUCUGCUACUUCACCUACUUAUAUUACCAAUGCCAUAAAUGCUACUCAAGUUCCAUGAUUACUACUCAAGGCGGGGUAGUUACCUUAUAUAACUCCUUCAAACAACUAUUACAGAUAUAGCAAAUCAGUUAUGAGAUACUCUAUCUUAUGCUACUUAAGUUUUCACAAAUAUUAGUACUUUAGCCAUAAAAGACACAGCUACUCCAAACACACUCGUCAUUGCAGACAUGUUUAGGAAGGCUUACAAACCUUAUAGAUUUCACCAAAGCAGCUGUGGGUACUUAUUUUGCAGCCAUAAUAUGUACUCUUAUUCUUUUAAAUUAUAGUUAUUAUUCCUAUAACCUCAUCAGUUAAACUACAGAUGUUUUAUAUAUCCUAUAUAUCCUUACUACAGAUUUCACAGGUAACUUUGGUAUCUCAGAUAACACCACAUUAGGCUCUGUAAAUACUAUUGCCUUAGAUGUAGUUAUUGAAGUAGCCCAACUUGUUUCUUGGGUCACAUGGCAUAAUACCGUAACUGAGAGCACUGGUGAUACUCCUGGCACUCAAAUGGUUUCUAUACCAACAGUUAUUGAUAUUACGGUAGAGUAUGUAAUUAGUAAUGCUAAAAAAUGCACUUUAUUUUCCUAUGGACUAUUCCAAAUGCCAUAUCUACCAAUAGAGUCUUUUGCAUUACACAUACUAAUAGUAUUAUUGCUUCUGAAGAGAUCCUAGCUGUAGCUACAGAUAUGGAAAAUGCUACCUUUGAAGAUCUUGUGUAACCUUACUUCAGGCACUGAAAUAAUUUAAAUUAUAAAUAUUACAUGUGGGUUUGACUAUCAUAGAAAAUAAAAUUAUUAUAGAUCCUAAAACAUAAAUUCCUGAACUUUGUGACCAUUAUUUCAUAAGUACUACUAAUACUCUUACUACAGAUUUUAUAAGUACUUCCACUUGUAGACAGUAGAGUAUUCUCAGAAACUUAGAAUUAAUCUAAAUUAUGAGAUAGUCUUAAAGCCUCACUGUUACCACCAAUGACUGGCUCUGACUCUAGUAUAAAUCAGAAAUUACCAGACAGAGGUGAGAAUGUAAAUAUACAGCAUAAGGAAGACAGCCUCCACAUUGGAAUCAGAGUUCAUAAUCUUAUUUGCAUUUUCUUCUAUUAAAACAAGCUUUUCCCUUAUAAUUUCACUGUUCAGACUCUCCUUCAUUGUGUUAGGGUUUUUGGUCUAUUCCUGGUUUUUCAUAUCCAAAUUCAUCGUUCAUCCUUGAUCCAUUCUUUUCUUAGAUCACUCAGACCCCCAUGAGUAGACCCAUGGUCUACCAAAUCUGGUCAGUUGGAUAUAUUGUAGGUUUAACCCUAGGACAGUAUUCUCAAAGUUUAGUUCAGGGAUCCAUGGGGUUCCCCAAGACUUUCUGGGGCACACAGGUUCUUCAAAUCUACUUUCAUAAUGAUACUAAGUUAUUUGUUUUUUCAGUUUCAUUGUCUCAUUAGUGGAUAGUGGCACUGUCCAGAUACUCUAUGCCAUAUUGUGUCAUAAUAGAUGAAUAUAGAAACAGAAAAAAGAAUCUAGCUGUCCUCUGUUAAGCUAGACAUUAAACAGAUUUACAAAAUGUAAAAUAAUGC